AAGAAGCAAGCCAUCUACCAAACAACGCCUAAAAUAGUUUCAACGUAUCGUGUUCCGUGAGAGAAUAAGCAAAAAAGGGCAAGGGAAGCUCUUCUCUCGCUCUAAAAAACCCUUAGGAAAAGUAGCGUGGUUUGCAAUCGACCUCGAGAACAAAAUGGCCAGCAGUAAUCUCCCUCGUAGAAUCAUCAAGGAAACUCAACGUCUCCUCAGUGAACCAGCUCCAGGAAUUAGUGCUUCCCCAUCGGAGGAUAAUAUGCGAUAUUUUAAUGUCAUGAUUCUUGGCCCAACACAAUCUCCGUAUGAAGGAGGGGUUUUCAAGCUGGAAUUAUUUCUGCCUGAAGAAUAUCCAAUGGCUGCGCCUAAGGUUCGAUUUCUGACCAAAAUAUACCAUCCUAACAUCGAUAAGCUUGGAAGGAUAUGCCUUGACAUUCUGAAAGACAAAUGGAGUCCUGCUCUUCAGAUACGAACUGUGCUUUUGAGCAUCCAAGCACUUCUUAGUGCUCCAAACCCUGAUGAUCCACUUUCUGAGAACAUCGCAAAGCAUUGGAAAACGAAUGAAGCAGAAGCUGUUGAGACGGCUAAGGAGUGGACCCGUUUAUAUGCAAGUGGUGCAUGAUUGCAUGGUGGAAACUUGCCUUCAAAUGACAGGGGAUGUAUGCUUUUGACUUGAUUUGAAAGGAAAUUUGGAAGAAACGAUGUUUGAACAAGCUGUAGUCUAAUAUUUUUCAAAGCUUCCAGAUACUUUUUGUUAAAUUGUUUUGCUGUCGGAAGCAUCGUCUUUGUGAUUGUAUGAUCAGAUAAGAUACGUUAUUCAUCUCAGUGUCACUCUGCAGCUA